CAGAACGCGUCCAGUGUGCAUCUCUAUCCAAAACGAGCAUUCUGCAACAGGCUGUCUCCUUCCAUCGAACAUUGCAGAAUAUUGCGUGUGGUUUUGUGCGACGAAGUGGUCACGGGCUGAACCGAAAGCAGGCUGCCAGUUUUGUCUCCAUGUUUUUGUUGAGCGAUCUGCAGCAAUCAUUUUUACCGUCCUGUCAAAUUUAUCAAAUUUCUGUUUGUGUUUCGCCGUUAUUUCCCUUCAAACGCCGCUAAAAACUCUUCGUAACUACACAGAACCAAAGCAGAGUUGCAAGUAAUCAUGAGUGAGCAAGCAGAAGACCAGCAGGGAGCAGAGAUGACGCCUCAUGAUGUGGAGAAGAUUGAGGAAGAGAAGUUGAAGGCCAAGUAUCCAGCUGGGGUAUCAACGAGCAGGCCAAUUGGUGCUCACUCAGCCUUCUUACAGAAACGUCUUGCCAAAGGGCAAAAAUUCUUCGAUUCAGGUGACUACCAGAUGGCAAAACAGAAGAUUGGUGGCAUCAACAAACAGCCAUUGAAAGUGACAGAUCCAGUGAAUAAUGCCACUGGUGAUGCAAUCCCAACACCUGAGACUGUACCUGCCCGGAAGACAUCUAUUAUUCAAACUUCUAAGUUCAACCCCAGUUAGUUUUGCAGUCCAUCAGCGGCGAAUCAAACAGCAAAUGCAGCCCCAAUAUAUUUCUCUCUUGUAGAUAUUGUUUCCUAAUUUUGUAAAUUUUUUUGUAUUUAUUUUCAUCUCUCUUAAAUUUUAUUUGCGCACUGGAAUCUGUUAACACAAUAGCGAAACGUUUAUUUUUAAUACAAACAUUUUUAUUCGUAUUAAAAUCAUUUUGAAUCUUGUUUCGUAUUCCUUUACUUUUGCUCCAUGUGCAACGCAAACGAUAUGUAAUGUUUAUUUUCGCUAACUUAUACUUAAUACUAUAGUUAUUGGAAUUAGGAAUAUAAGAGUUUUUAACAACCGGUUCUAGGGUGACACCGGCUGUAUUCGAAUACGUUCGUCUAUUAGUCAUUUAAUAAAAUGCAGUAUUUAUUGAACCGUUUAAAUUUUUGUAACUGUAUGUUUGCCAAUAAAAUAUAUAUUGGGCACGGUAUUUCCAUCUCUCAGUAAA